AUGACAGUGCCAUGCAACGGGCGGCCUGACUUCUGCUUGCUCGAGGCGAAGGUGGGGCGCUGCCGUGCCCACUUCAUUCGCUACUUCUACAACCACAGCUCCGGGCUCUGUGAGGAGUUCGUGUACGGAGGCUGCGAGGGGAACCCAAACAACUUCGAGACCAAGGCAGAAUGCCAGCGCUCCUGUGGGGACCCGGAUGACAGCGCCCAGGCCACUGCCCCCUCCACACCCGGGACUGCCAAGAGGAAUGCUGGAGUCCAGGACUUCAACUACCCCUCCUGGUGUCUGACCGGGGCGGACAGAGGCCAGUGUACGGCCAACGUGACCAGGUUCUACUACGACUCCGACGCCGCGACCUGCCGCACAUUCAGCUACGGCGGAUGCGGGGGCAAUGAGAACAACUUCGUCUCUGAGCGAGCCUGUCUCAAGGCCUGUACGAAAGCUUUCACCAAAAGAACACCUGAAGGAAGAUUAAUGGAAACAAAAAGAAUAAAAAAUUCAGUGGAAAUAGGAUACGAAAUCUACUGAAAUAGUUUAGAUGGAGCGUUUCACUGUG